GCUACUAAGUUCAGAACAUGAUAGCUUAUAUAACAAAUCUAUUCUUUACAAAAUGCUAUUCGUCUUGUAUCAUUAACUCGUAAAUUCACCAUGGAUUCUUCCUCGUAUGGUUCUGACAGUGGUUCAGCGCAAAGGACAAGGUUAUUUGGUCGGGAAAGGCCGAUACAUGCAGUUCUUGGAGGAGGAAAAGUUGCUGAUGUGCUGUUAUGGAGAGACACAAGAGUUUCUGCUGCAAUUCUUUUUGGAAGUGCAGCAAUAUGGUUUCUUUUUGAGGUUGUGGAAUACACCUUUGUGACGCUGUUUUGUCACAUUUUCAUCACUACAAUGCUAGUUGUCUUCAUUUGGUCAGCAGGGGCAGAUUUUUUCAAAUGGAAGCCACCCAGACUUCCCGAAACCAUCUUAGAAGAGCCUGCAAUCAGAGAUGUUGCUUCAACAUUUCACAAAAAAAUUAACGACUUCUUAUCAGAGCUUCAUUAUGUUGCAAGUGGAAAUAAUCCAAAACUAUUCUUUUUGAUACUUGUUUCUCUCUGGGUAAUCUCAGUUAUUGGAAGCUCUGUCAGCACCUUAAAUCUUCUGUUUUUCGGACUUCUCUGCUUGGAAAUUCUUCCGUUUCUGUACGAGAAAUACGAGGAUGAAGUGGAUGAUCUUGCAAGUAAAAUUAACGGACGGAUGAAAACACGGUACCAGAAGUUUGACGUUGAAGUUCUAGGGAAAAUUCCGAGAGGACCAGUGAAAGAGAAAAAAAUCAAAUAAAUCAUUGUCAAGAUGAUUUCCCACAUUUUUAUUCUGUUGUUUGAUAUAGUUAUCACUACUAGAUGAAAUAAGAAGAACUAAACACGAGAUUUUAUCAAAUUUGUCAUUUAAAAAUGUAAGCAAUAAAUGAAUUAUUUUGUCUGUUUUUUGUUUU